CAGCGAGCGUGAGUGCGUGUGUGCGCCCCGGGCACGGGUAGGGCAGCACUCCGACCGCAGCAGGAGCCGCGGGAGCCGAGCGGCCGCGUAGUCACUGGGGCGAGAGAGGCGGAGGCGGCCGGGCCGGGGCCGGGGCUGGGGCAGCAGCGGCCGCUCCGGGCAUGGAGCUGGCAAGCCCGCGCUGAGGCAGGACGCGCCUGCUAGCAGCGAGCGAGAGGCUCUCCGCCGUCCGGCGUGCGGGCUCCCGGCAGGGCCAGGCAAACUUUUCUUUCUCUUUUGCCCUCUCCAGAGGCGCCUUCUGCGGCAGGCGGACCGACUCCUCGGCGCAGCGGGGCUGGGGCAAGCUGGACGCAGCAUGAUGCGCGCAGUGUGGGAGGCACUGGCGGCGCUGGCGGCAGUGGCGUGCCUGGUGGGCGCGGUGCGCGGCGGGCCGGGGCUGAGCAUGUUUGCAGGCCAGGCGGCGCAGCCCGACCCUUGCUCGGACGAGAACGGCCAUCCGCGCCGCUGCAUCCCGGACUUUGUCAAUGCAGCCUUCGGCAAGGACGUGCGCGUGUCCAGCACCUGCGGCCGGCCGCCGGCGCGCUACUGCGUGGUGAGCGAGCGCGGCGAAGAGCGGCUGCGCUCGUGCCAUCUCUGUAACGCGUCCGACCCCAAGAAGGCGCACCCGCCCGCCUUCCUCACCGACCUCAACAACCCGCACAACCUGACGUGCUGGCAGUCGGAGAACUACCUGCAAUUCCCACAUAAUGUCACACUUACGCUGUCGCUGGGCAAGAAGUUCGAGGUGACCUACGUGAGCCUGCAGUUCUGCUCGCCGCGGCCAGAGUCCAUGGCCAUCUACAAGUCCAUGGACUACGGGCGCACGUGGGUGCCCUUCCAGUUCUACUCCACGCAGUGCCGCAAGAUGUACAACAGGCCACACCGCGCGCCCAUCACCAAGCAGAACGAGCAGGAGGCCGUGUGCACCGACUCUCACACCGACAUGCGCCCGCUCUCGGGCGGUCUCAUCGCCUUCAGCACUCUGGACGGGCGGCCCUCGGCGCACGACUUCGACAACUCGCCGGUGCUACAGGACUGGGUCACGGCCACUGACAUCCGUGUGGCCUUUAGCCGCCUGCAUACGUUCGGCGAUGAGAACGAGGACGACUCGGAGCUGGCGCGAGACUCGUACUUCUACGCGGUGUCCGACCUGCAGGUGGGCGGCCGCUGCAAGUGCAACGGCCACGCGGCCCGCUGCGUGCGCGACCGCGACGACAGCCUGGUGUGCGACUGCAGGCACAACACGGCCGGCCCGGAAUGCGACCGCUGCAAACCCUUCCACUACGACCGGCCCUGGCAACGCGCCACGGCCCGCGAGGCCAACGAGUGCGUGGCCUGUAACUGCAACCUGCAUGCCCGGCGCUGCCGCUUCAACAUGGAGCUCUACAAGCUUUCAGGGCGCAAGAGCGGAGGUGUCUGCCUCAACUGCCGCCACAACACUGCUGGCCGCCACUGCCACUACUGCAAGGAGGGCUACUACCGCGACAUGGGCAAGCCCAUCAGUCACCGGAAGGCCUGCAAAGCCUGCGAUUGCCACCCCGUGGGCGCCGCUGGCAAAACCUGCAACCAAACCACUGGCCAGUGUCCCUGUAAGGACGGCGUGACAGGCAUCACCUGCAACCGCUGCGCCAAGGGCUACCAGCAGAGCCGCUCUCCCAUUGCCCCCUGCAUCAAGAUUCCCGUAGCACCGCCGACCACUGCAGCCAGCAGCGUGGAGGAGCCUGAAGACUGUGAUUCCUACUGCAAGGCCUCCAAAGGGAAGCUGAAGAUUAACAUGAAAAAGUACUGCAAGAAGGACUAUGCUGUGCAGAUCCACAUCCUGAAGGCAGACAAAGCCGGGGACUGGUGGAAGUUCACGGUGAACAUCAUCUCAGUGUACAAGCAGGGUACGAGCCGCAUCCGCCGCGGUGACCAGAACCUGUGGAUCCGAUCACGGGACAUUGCCUGCAAGUGCCCCAAGAUCAAGCCCCUCAAGAAGUACCUGCUGCUGGGCAACGCCGAGGACUCUCCCGACCAGAGUGGUAUCGUGGCUGACAAGAGCAGCCUAGUGAUCCAGUGGCGGGACACGUGGGCGCGGCGGCUGCGCAAAUUCCAGCAGCGGGAGAAGAAGGGCAAGUGCAAGAAGGCCUAGCGGGAGGCAGCAGUGCGGCGGGCGCGGGCGGGCAGGCCGGGCGCCAGGGCCGAGCGUGAGCCGGAGGCCCCGGCCGGCCGCAGCCGCGGUGGACUUGCCCGCAAGGGCUUUCCCAAGUGGGGGGAGGGUGGGGGCGGGGCUGCAGCCGGCGCGGGGGGCGGGGCCCUCGGCGGCCCCACCCCCAGCCCCGUCCGCGCGCCCCAGGCCCAGCCGCGUGCUCACCGGGCAGGUGUGCAGAGGCCGGACCCUGGAGAAAUGAGGAAGAGACGUAGCUACCUCACGGGCUCCUUCCAGAGCAGAGACGCGCUUCGCUGGGGCUAGGUGGGGUCGCGGUGGAGGGGCUGGGGAUGGAGCGCACAGCCGCACUGGGGCCCGCAGGGGUGGCUCGUGGAUAGUUACAGAGAAGGGGGCCACGUGAGAACUGUGAAUUCUCAGGCCCGCAGCCUGGGCGGGGUGCUGGGCAAGCCCGACCAAACUACCACUCCCAAUACAAAAGACAAAACCCCUCCUUUCUCCCAGGGAUGCCUGGCUGUGACAACCUGGGGCUCCUCGGGAGGGGCCCUGCAGGCGCUUGGGGGAGGAGCUGGCAGCCUGCGUGCAGCCUCUGGCCUCCACUGCCACCUGCUGCGUUGGUCCUACCGGGUAGGUCAUGGCGGGGGGGUAGGGAGGUUCGCCAUCUGUGGAAGAGAGGAAGGCCAGCCCGUCCAGAGGGCAGUGGGCUCAAGAACACCCCUGAGAAGCCCAAGCCGGGUGGUCACCGCCUUGCGCCCAGAACUGCCUGAUGGAGAAGGUAUUGCAAAAGCAAAACCUCCCAGAGAGUUUCCUUUUUGGAAACUUGGAACUAGCCCCUUUUAUGAUUUUUUCCAGGGGAGGGGGAAGGGGCACUGGCUGGGUUUACAGCAGUGACACUAUUUGUGUAAUGACAUCAGCUCCCACAAGGGCCCUCAGCAAUGUCAACAGCUGGAAAGGGCCUGGGCAGGCAUGGAAUAUGCAAGGCUGUGAGGGCAGCUGGGCCAGGGGCUUGCUUGAGUCGCGACAGGGUUUGCUGGCUCAGCAGAGUGCCACAGUGUCCAUGCCAUGGGUAGGCAGGGGCUGGAGAGUCCAGGCUCCUGGAGGCCAGGGAAGCCAAGACCAUCUUCCUAUCAUUGCCCCUACUCUUGGCUCCCCCAUGGAAGUGACAGAGGCUGCUGGGCCAAGAAAGCCUGUUACAGGUACCCUGGCUCUGGUGCCACCUCUGUAGCCAUUUUGGUCUGGCCUGGACCGCAACCUGGCCCACUCCUUUAUGGUUGGCUUUUUUCCAGAGGCCACCCCUGCCCUCUGGUGUGCCCAGUUCUCCUUCCAAAGCUGUCUCAAGCAGGUACCCCUUUUUAGUCUGAUUGCCUCCCAGGGGACUCAUUCCUGUGCCCUGGGGCCUCUUGGCUUCCUGCCUGAGCUUUCUGCACUGCCCAGGGGCCUCUGGCCCGAGUCCUCACACCCUGAAUUAGAGACCUGGCUCCUCUCUGUCAGGAAAUUGGUUUCAUUUUCUCUGCCAGAGUUUGGCUGCUCAAAAGGGUCAUACCAAGAAGUAUGAAGCUCAGCCCUUUGCUGGUCUGUCUCCCCUCUGCGUCCCUCCCUUCUCCCUGAGUCACAGCUGCCAUAGACAAACACCUGCUCUGUGCCAGGCACUUUACCCACCUGCACUCCUCUUGUCCUCAUGACAACCCCAUGGGACAGGGAUUUUCACCAGUGAGGAACCGAGAGUGCACAUGGCCAAGGUCACACCACAAAUGAGUGGCAGGACUGGGACUCAGGGCUUCUGAGUGCAGGCUGUGGGGUGUGUUCCUGAAGGAGUUGCCACAGUGAGCCUGGCCCUGGGUACUGCCUGGAGGACCCAGACAUCUAGUCUGGACAACAGGAGCCAGGGUAGGCGCCAGGCACAGUAGUAUCUUCAGAGUGGCUGUAACAGGUUGGGUGAAGCAGGGCUGGUCUUGCCAGAGGGCAGCCCCAGGUUCCAGGAAGGCUGGACUUGGCUGCUCCUAAGAGGCAGUAGAAAGGUGGUUUGGGGUGCUUGGGGGUGGGUAGAAAGAUUCCAGGAGAGACUGGGAGAGGUACCUCAGGGGCAGGGGUAAGACGGAACUGCUCUAGGAAGGGGUAUUUGGCUUCUCUGAAUCUAAGCCCACGGCUUGAGGUGGGGACCUCUUUCCAAGCUGUCGGCCUGUCUCGGAUGCCCAGCGUGGGUUACUGAGCACUGUGCUGCCAGGGUGUUUGUUCUCUUGCUAUCUGUGCCUGUGUGGCUUUUCCACCCUGUCCAGGAGGACUGAGGAAGUCCUAUCACAUCCCUCCUAAGUCUCACCCCAUGUCUAGCAAAGGACUUGCACUGGUGGCCCUCUCCACAGCCAAGCCAGAGGCCUGCCAAACACUGCAUCUUGCUGAAAAUUCACCCAUUCUCCAGUCUCUCCUCUGGCUCAGCACCUCAAAGGCAGAGGCUGUCCUCCCACAGCCUCACCCUUGGGGAAUGUAUCAGUAUGAUCAGACCUGCCAGGAUGGGGACAGGGUCACUGCUGGGAUUGCACAAUCAUGAGCUGCCUUGCCUAGCUCACCGGCCCUUGCCAGAACCCAGCACACCAACUCCUCUGACUGUACCCUCAGCAGUGAGGACCCAUCCUGGGAAAGCACCCCUCUUCCUCCCUGCCCCCACCCCAGGGAGGAAAUGGAAAUAGGAAUUGAGGUGCUCCGGUUUGUACAGUUAGGAAGGGAUGUAAAACAGAACUAGAUGUUGAUUUUGAAGAGUGUAUUAACCAGAAUUGUGAUAUGUGUCUGAAGAAAAAACAUGCCAGAUUAGUCUUUGGUUUUUGAAACAGGUUCCCCAGUUGUCCUUUUCACCAGCUGGUUGGUCUGGUGCUCCUGACCCCCACAUGCCUACCUUGCUGACACAGUCAAGCUGAAGAUCUGGGGUGGAGGGAACGGGGGAGGGGGCAUAAGGCUGUCCCCUAGGCUCACCUGCAGGAUACAGUCUUUGCCUCUGGCUUCUGUCCUUAGAAAGCAGGGCAGGAGGGAAGGACACCUGAGGUCACAGCCUAGGGAGGCCAGGAGCUGCCCCAGGGCCCUGAGUGCCCUUCUAGAACUCUUGCUCAGUAGUACCGUGAAGGAAUGGGUAUAGACUUUUAUUGCCCCAGAUUGGAAUGAGACUGAAAUCAAGGAGAGACCCUAAGGCAGCGGGUAAUGGUUCCUUUAGGAAGAUGAAAAACGUUUAGCCUAUCAACACUUAAAGCCCCCCUGAAGCCCAGAGAGAGGAACUAGCUACAUGGAUGGGGCCACUGGGCCACAGCCUUGGCACACCCCAGCGGUAUCAAAAUGUGCACCUGUGGGGCCUCGUCCCACUCCUGCCAAAUGCCAAGCCAGUCCCACUCCUGCGCCACUGGACUCCCUCCCUGCCUCACGUGCACUCCCAGCCUCCCUCACCUCCCUCCUGCGUUUUGGAUUUCUGUUCACUCAGAAUUGUAAAUGUUUAGUUGUGACCAUGACAUAUUGUUUGGGUCAGUGUUCCUUUCCAAUGCAUACUAAUAUAUUAUGGUUAUUAUAUAUGAAUAUAUUUAAUGACAUGGAAAAAGUUGUGGAUUUUUUUUAAGUUUCUUUCCUUUUUUUUAGAGUUGUAAUGGACCCAGAUGGAACUUGUAAUGUGGGCCCCACAUGAUAGAACUAAAUUCAGAUAUCAUUAAAUAAACUCUUGUACACUG